UCAAUUCUCAGUGAUUCGAGUGGCUCUGAGGCAGCGCGUGCCGUACGCGUAUUGUUUUCCAAAUUUGUUUUAUAUUAUUUAAUGGUUUACUUCGGUGUCUGUAUAUAGACGAGAUUAACGGUCAAAGGGAAUCUUAUCAGUUCGUUAUCGCCCGAACCGACUGAGUAUAAGAUAGUCGCCGGCUGCUUGCAGCUCAAUCAGUUUGCAUUUGUACUUGGACUUGAACGGAGCUAGUGAUGGCACAAGACCGGAGCACGUGGAUCGGCUGCAGCUUGGGCGGACUUCUGGUCGCCCUGCUGGCCCUGCAGUCGAUGCCCCAAGGAAGCGAAGGAGCCAACAUUCUGGGCGUGUUUACCAGCCACAGUCCGUCGCACUUGAUUAUUCACAUGUCGAUCAUGAAGACGCUGGCCGAGAAGGGUCACAAUGUGACCGUCGUCUCCUCGAUGCCACCGAAAGUAACGCACAAGAGCAUUAAGCACAUUGUGGUGCCCAUGAGUGCGGAGGAUGAGAAAAUCCUCAACGACGGCAUGUCCGGGAUGGUCAAGGAGAAGCCCUCGAUUUGGAACACGAUGAAGUCGAUCUUCAGCUCGCUGGCGCUGCUCAUCGACAAACAGGUGGACGUGCUGGAGGAUCCGCGUUUCCAGGAGCUCUACCUCAACAAGGGCAACAAGUUCGAUGUGGUCUUCGUGGGAUUCUUCUUUAACACUUACCAGGUGGCCUUGGGCGCCCGGUUCAAUUGCCCCGUAAUUAUUUCCUGGUCGGGACCACCCAUGAUGAUGGUCAACGAGGUGCUGGGCAAUCCGGAGCUGUCCAGCGUGCCACAAAUGCAAAUUGCUGUGGCCGCGGGACAGCCCAUGAAUUUCAAGCAGCGAGUGCAGAACUUUGCCAGCACUCUCGGUUUUAAUGCGCUCAAUUUCUUCCUAACCCACAAAUACAAUGGUUUCUACAAUCGACUUUGGGGCAAUGACAAAUCAAUGCCCACUUUUGAGGUGGCCAAGAGGAAUGUCUCGCUGGCCUUCUGCAAUAGCCAUGCUAUCAGCGAAGGACCCAUCCGUCCCAAUGUGCCGGGCGUCGUUGAAAUCGGAGGCAUCCAGAUUAAGAACAAGCCCGAUCCUCUGCCCGAGGACAUCAAGGAGUUCUUGGACAAGGGCAAGCACGGCGCCAUCCUCUUCAGUCUGGGAUCGAACUUGAAGGGCGAGCACAUCCAGCCACAGGUGAUUGAAACCAUUUUCAAGGGCCUGAGCAGCGUAAAGCAGCAGGUGAUCUGGAAGUGGGAGGACACCAAGAACACGCCCGGCAAGUCGCCGAAUAUACUGUACAAGAAGUGGCUGCCACAGGACGAUAUCCUGGCCCAUCCCAAGAUCAAGCUGUUCAUAACCCAUGCGGGCAAAGGGGGCGUGGCCGAGGCCCAGUACCAUGGCGUUCCCAUGCUGGCGCUGCCCGUCUUCGCCGAUCAGCCGGGAAAUGCCGAUAAAUUGGCGGAGAGUGGAUAUGGCCUACAACUGCCACUGGCCAGCCUCGAGUUGGAUGAGUUCAAGGCGGCCAUCAAGGAGGUGAUCGAGAAUCCCAAGUUCGCCGAGAAGUUGAAGGUCUUCUCGCAGCUCUAUCGCGAUCGUCCCUUGACUGCCCAGGAAUCGGUGGUCUACUGGACGGAGUACGUCAUCCGGUACCACGGUGCCGCCCACAUGCAGAGUCCCUUGGUUCACAUGGGCUUCGUGGCCAGCCAUAAUCUGGACAUCUAUGUCAUCGCCGUUUUGGUCCUCUACAUCCUGUUCCUCAUUAACAAGAUCGUUUGGAAGUUUGUGUGGCGCAAAUUGUGCGGCAAGUCGAACAAAGCUGCUCAGAAGAAGAAGGUUAAGAAGCAGUAAAUAGACGAUAAUAGAAAUAAGUGAAUUUUAUACAAGACGACUAAACGAAAUAAUAUGUAAAAGAAAACUGUGUAUUUUUUCCAUUAUAAAUAAAAGUUUAAAAUGUUAUAAAAAACAUUA